GGGGUGUGCCAUUUGAAUGACUCAAGAAGGGUGUGCCAGACGCGGCUAUAGACCCAGAGUCAGGGUUCCUACCAGAACGCCAGUGGGUCCCAUUUGGUUUGGUUUCUGUUAGAAAGGAUCCUAUUUUUAUGUGGCUGCUGCAGCCUACUGGCCUCGAGAUCUCGAACUUGUGCUCUCUUCGUGUCUUAAUUAUUUUCUUUCCGUUGAUUGUGCAUCCUUCUUGGUUUUGUCUUGUUUUCUUUCUAUUGAUUGUGUGUUCUUCUCAGUUUUGCCUAUCUUUGUCAUGGGUCAAAAUCAGAGUACCCCCACCCCUCUGAGUCUCAUACUAACCCAUUUCCAGGACUAUGGGAAAGCUGCCUCAAUUUUCAGCUUCCAUGUCAAGAAGCCAGUCCUUCGAACUCUCUGCGAAGUGGAAUGGACCAGCUUUCAGGUUGAAUGGACUCCGCAGGGGUCCUUUGACCUUACUCUGGUACAUAAGUUUCAUGCUAUUGUCUAUUCUAGGCACGAAGAUCAAAUCCCAUACAUUGAAGCAUGGAGAACCCUCAUCGAAAACCCUCCAGAUUGGCUAAAACCUUUCCUUCCCCCUCACCUCCCUAAAGCACAGGUUUUGCCACUUAAAGGCUGUCCACUUGAUAAGGAUAUUGAUGGGACUAAGCGGCCGCCCCCUUUACCAUCUGCACUCGAGGAAGAAUAAGAAACUUGUAAAUGGCCCUAUAGUUCUUGCCUGGAGAAUACGGGUCAGGAUGCUUCAGACCAGGAGGCAAGCCCCAAGUCGGGACACUCCCCUGAGCCCGUCUCACACCCGGUCAGGAACCUACUUCCAUCCCCCCUCCCGCUGCCUUACCCCUUUAGCCAGGGCCACCCCUGAAGGGUGAUGUCCAACCCUUUAUGGUUUGUGUGCACUUUUCCACUAGCAACCUUUAUAGUUGGAGGCUUCAGGGCCCCCCGUUCUCAGAAGAACCCCAAGCACUAAUUUCUCUCCUUGAAACUAUGUUUGUGACCCAUCAGCCAACCUGGGAUAACUGCCAGCAGCUCUUGCAGGUUCUCCUCAUUACCGAGGAAUGGGAUGAGAUCCGUCGAGAAGCCCAAAAAUUGGUGAUGGGGCCAAACAGGCAUCCCACCAAGGAACCCACCUUACUCAUGGAAUUCUUUCCUUCCUUGCACCCUGAAGAUUGGGAUCCAAACACUCCUCACGGUAGGCGAUCAUUGACCCUAUUUCGCCAGACUCUACUGGGAGGUCUCCGAGUGGCUACCCACCGGCCCACAAACAUAUCUAAGGUAACUGAGGUAGUUCAGGGGACUGAGGAGAGCCCCUCAGCCUUCUUAGAAAGGCUCAUGGAAGCGUACCGUACCUUUACCCCUAUUGACCCUGAGGCACCUGAAAAUAGAGGGGCAUUAAACCUGGCCUUUGUCUCACAGGCAGCCCCAGACAUUCGGAAGAAAUUGCAAAUAUUAGAUGGGUUCAAAGAGAAAAAUUUAUCUGAGUUAGUUGAAAUAGUCCAAAAAGUUUUUAACAAUAGGGAUUCGCAGGAAGAGAGACAGACAAAAAAAUUGACUCAGGUAGUAGCGGCUGUCCUGGAUGCCCGCAAGGGAAGGGGACCCCAAGUGCCCAUAGAAUUCUGGUCUGGCAAAAAGAAAAAAACAAAACAAAAACAAGUCAGUUGGGUUAGAGCGCCACUAGGAAAAAACCAAUGUGCAUAUUGUAAGCAAGAGGGACACUGGAAAAAGGAUUGCCCCAACUUAGCCCAGCGCAAAACUCGGCCACCCCAGGCGUCGAUAAUGAAAGUUGAUUCUGACUGAUGGGGCCACGCUUGGUGGCCCCUUCUGAGCCGUUGGUUACUGUUAAUGUAGGGGGCCAGCCUAAGACUUUCUUGGUGGACACUGGGGCAACCUUAUCAGUUCUAAAACAAGAUCCUGGCCCCACCAGGCGAGGAGCAACCCUGGCUCAAGGAGCGACUGGGUCCCAAACUUGUAAAUGGACCACUGAAUGACAAGUAAGUAGAUUUAGGCUGUAAAACUGUUACACAUUCUUUCCUAAUCAUGCCUGAAUGCCCCUACCCUGGAUUACUGGGUAGAGACCUAUUACAUAAACUGCUUCUUUGAGAUUCACUGAAGGGGGUAUGCAUGUUAAAAUCGGCCAGGAUGACCCAACAAUAGUGAUGGUGACUGUGCCACUUGGGGAAGAGGGCCUACUUACCCCGGUGCCCAAUGAAAAUGUUCACACAGUCAAUCCCCUCCUUAAAAGUCUCCGGGCAGACUUUCCCCAGGUAUGGGCGGAGACCAAUCCACCUGGACUGGUGAUUCAUCAAGCCCCAAUAAUUGUGGAACUUAAGGCGUCCAUGCUUCCGGUAAGACUGAAACAAUAUUCUAUGCCCCGGGAGGCUAGGUGGGGAAUCGCUGUUCACAUCAAGCAUUUGCACGACUCGGGCAUUCUGACCCCAUGCAAGUCACCGUGGAAUACUCUACUUCUCCCUGUCCAAAAGUCUAACUCUUCCAAUUUUCAGCCAGUUCAAGACCUGAGAGCAGUAAACGCCAGAGUAACCAGUGGCCUAUUUAUCCAAAAGGCUAGACCCAGUUGCUUCUGGGUGGCCCACAUGCGUUCGACAGAUUGCUGCCACCACACUACUAGUCAAAGACACAGAUAAACUAUCCCUGGGACAGAUGUUGUCUGUUAUGGGGCCCCAUGAAGUGGAGGCCUUACUGCGGGCUCUCCCAGAAUGGUGGCUAUCAAAUGCUUGGAUUACCCAGUAUCAGGCAUUGCUGCUCGACCAGCCCCAGAUACGUUUUUGUGCCCCCGCAGCCUUAAACCCAGCUACUUUGCUGCCCAAAGGACUAGGUCCCCCUCUACAUUUUUGCCUUCCCCGGGGAACCUCAGCCCAGCGCACAGAGCUCAUUGCGCUAACUAAAGCCCUGAAACUCAGUAAAAACAAGUCAGUUAAUAUUUAUACGGACAGCCGCUAUGCCUUUGCAACUGCACAUGUGCACGGGUCCAUCUAUCAAGAGCGUGGCCUCCUCCUCACGGCGGAGGGCAAGGACAUCAAAAAUAAAGCCGAAAUUCUAGACCUUCUAACAGCCAUCUGGGAACCUGUGAGACUCGUGAUCAUGCACUCCCUGGGACCUCAAAAAGGCAACUCCCUAGAGGCAGUUGGAAACCGCCUGGCUGACCCGGCAACCUGGGAAGCUGCCUUAAUUGAAAGUAAAAGUACUUUGGCACUACUGAUCUUGAUAGGCCCCCUGCUUCUGCUGGAGCCCAAUUACACUCCUAAAGAUUUGGAGUGGAUUUGAAGAAAAGGAGGAAGUAUAAUACCGGGACGAAAUUGGUUUCAGGAUCCUGAAGGAGACUGAGUUUGGGUCAAGAGGCAUGAGCUCAAACCCUGGAGCAGUGCUGGAAAGGGCUGCACACUGUGAUCCUGACUACACCAACGGCCAUGAAGAUAGACGGUGUCCAAACCUGGAUUCGUCACUCUCAGGUUAAGAAAAACUGCGUGGAGGCAGAAAUACCCAGGACUGAUAUGGGACCAGAGAAUGAACAGUGAUGAAAGGUCAAAAGGCACCCAGAGGAUCCUUUAAAGAUAAGACUGAUGCAGGAAUAAUACUUGUCUGGGUUUGUAUAAUAAGCUUGGGAGACUGUGUGGAACUGCACCCUUUGUCUUUUUGGCCAUACCAAUGGGAACUCAGACACUGUCACAGGGAAGGUGGUAACGUCUAAUGCCUCUUGUACUAUGCUUUAUUUCUUAUUCGACCUGUGUGAACUGGUAGGAGAGAAGAAUGGGGGUUGCAAACCUGGGCAAGAGCUCUCAGGAACAUUGGGGAGAAAAAUUGCGGAUGUGGAAAUAGGGCACUAGGGUGAAAUUUGGCUAAGAUGCAAAUAGAAGAAAUGAAUGUGAAGGAGAGGGCCAAUACCACUGUGCCAAAUGCGGUUGUGAGACACUAGCCCCCUGGUUAACAGGACGGGACCUUGACACCCUAAUUACUCUCCUUAGAACCCUGAACCCCCAAUGUGAGGCCCAAGGAAAAUGUAACCCAACACCAGCUCAUCUAUUUUCUCCUCAUUCUGAGAUACAAAUGGACUCAAACCACACCAGAAGUAAGUCUGACCUGUUUCCCCUUGGGGCAUAAUCAUCUAAAGCCACUUUAGAGGGACUGUGGGGUCUGGAUCCCUGUGUUUAAGGUUCUGGUGUGUCGCUAGUGCAUUGGCUGCACCUGUUACAACUUUGCCAUGGACCAGCAGGAUGGAAGGCCCAUCAUAAGCCACCACUCUGUCAUCUUGUGCAUGCGUCACCAAACACAGAUUUGCUUUUAAUGAAGCAGCAGAUAUUUUUAGUGAUUUAUCAUGAGAUGCUUUAUUGCAUAGGAUGAUGGAUUACUGCAGAACAUUAGAGUAAUCCCUUGCAGCCUCAUGAUUUGAAAGUCUAUGAAGGAAGGUAAGCAGUUGGGUGCAAGCUAGCUUAACAGUGGGAUGAGUUUAAAACAGUCUAAUUUCUCGGAAGAUAUUUUGUGAAACCUUGCACAUUGUGUAUUCUGAGUCUGCUGUGCUUCAAAAAUGAAGAAGGGCUGUGACGAGUCCCUGCUUCAGAUUCACAGAUUUUUUCCUAGACCUUGGCUAGAUGUUUCUGAACCUGCAUAGUUUUCUGCCUUUCAGGUUUUCACCAUCUCGCAGGGCUGAGUGGGAUGACUGUUUUGCUCUUGUCCCUCCCCUGUCUAUCACCAGCCAUGCUUUCAGUCUCUUGUACAGAUUGAUACCAAUCUGAGUAACUUCUUGUUUUCCAGGCUGAAUAACUCUAGCAGUAUCCACAUUCAUACAUAGAUUAAUUGAUUAACAUGUUCAUUGAUUUCAGAAAGUGGUAUUGAGAGUAACUGUGUGACCAGUAUUAGGGGCUCAGCAAACACAGAGCUCUGAUAUUUACUUGCACCAUCUCAAUGUCAAACAUUCCAGUUCAAAGGCAGAGGAAAAGAAGCAUUGUCCCAGCUCAAAGGCCAAGAGGCAAAAGGGAUUCUCUCUAAGUCAGGAGAGGCUCAGCCUUUUUCUCCUAUUCUGGCCUUCAAUUGAUUGGAUGUGGCCCACCCACGUUGAGGAGGGCAGUCUGCUUCACUGUCUACCAAUUUAAAUGUUAAUCUCAUCCAGAGACACCCUCACAGCCACAGCUAUAAUAACGUUUGACCAAAUAUCAGGGCACCUAUGACCCAAUCAAGUUGAUGCAUAAAAUUAACCAUCAUAAUAGUCUUCAUUUCUUUUAGCAGCUCCAUUUAUGGAUGUGCCUUAGUUUAUUAAAUAAGUCUCUGUUCAUAGACAUUUAAUUAUUAAUCUUUUGUUAUGGGGAGUAGCUCUGAGAUGGAUAACCUUGUGCACACGUAUUAUGUUCACUUGCCAUUGCAUUGGUGGGAUUUCUGAGUCAAAGGGGAAAUGUAUAUGUAAUUGCACCUCUCUGGGGGGUUGUACCAUUUUGCAUUCUACCAACAAUGUCUGAAAGCACUUGUUCCAUGGGGAAACAAGGACCCACAUCUGGUCAAGAAUACUACCACCCUUGGUUAUUGAGAUUGGUUUAGGACCAAACUGACCAAUGGGAAUGAUCGAUGGGAGUUUUUGUGAAAACUUGGGAACAGAGAAGCUAUUUCUUCUUGGGGAUUGCUUAACUAGCUGUUGUAAACCUCCAGUGUCUAGGAGCAAUCACAUAGGGAAAGCCUGAUCAAAAUGAUACCAACAGAGAAGGAGCAGUGCCCACAGACACAGAAAGGAAAGUAAGAUAAGAAUCCUGAUGGAGUAAUAGAGCCCCUUGAUCCAGCUGGACCUGAUUCAGAGGCUAUUCCUGCAUUUUUCAGUUAUGAGAGCGAAAAUUCAGUUUUUAAAAGUCAAAUAUGAUUUCAUGUAUAUGUGGAAUCUAAAAAAAUAAAACAAGCAAAAAAAAAGCAGAAACAGCCUCAUAGAUACAGAGAACAAACUGGAGGCUGCCAGAGGGGAGGGGGCUGGGAGAUGGGCAAAAUGAGUGAAGGGGAGUGGGAGGGACAGGCUUCCAGUUAUGGAAUGAAUAAAUCACAGGGAUGAAAGCAUGGCAUAGGGAAUAUCAUCAAUGGUAUUGUAAUAGCAUUGUAUGGUGACGGUGGCUACACUUGUGAGCACAGAGUAAUGUAUAGGCUUGUCCAAUCGCUAUGUUAUAUACUUGAAACUAAUGUCACAGCAUGUAUCAGCUAUACUUCAAUUUUAAAAAUUUGAAAUGAAUCCAUUUUUUUCUAUAACUGACAGAGUUCUGCCAGAUUCAGCAUACUGCACAAACACGAUUUCUGCCUUCAAGGAUGUUUACAGUAGAAAUGGAAGAUAGGACUAAGGCAUGAAAAACAAUGAGAACAAGAAGAUGGAGUCAUAUGAGGUGCUGUGCUUUACUUAUAGAUGGAGUCCCGUUAGUCCCUCAGAAGGCAGAGGAAGGGCAGGUAGUGUACCUUGAGGGGACAGGAUUUGGUUGGGUGGAACGUUGGCUCCACAAUCCUACACCUGCAAUUUAAGAUCUGGUAUGGUCUGAGAACCAAAAGUUAUUGUAGAGUUGGGGCAAACUUGUGUUCAACAUGAAGAUGCAGACAUUUUAAACUGUUGAGUUAGGGGAUACGGCCUCAUAGAUAUGUCAUAUAUGGUAUAUAUGUAAGGUUUUGCAUUCCCAAUGUCUGAACUGUUUAAAUUCUGAAACACUAUUGGCCCUACAGAGUUUGCCUAAAAGACUGUGCCACUGUGCUUCAUGUCUUGAUGAAGUGAGUGGAUGUGUUUUCCAAGGCCUGGACAUUGGGGUGAGUGUCAGGGGAUCCCACAGGCAUGACUUGGAAGGUACCCAUCCCAUAGGCAGCAGGAAAAAGAUAAAACAUCUGAAGUACUUUAGACGUACAAACUCCCCAGGUCCUUUGUAAGUCUCCACAACCACCCCAGAAGGACUUCUGUGUAAAACUCAUCAGACUGUCACCUGCACAGAGUUGCUUUUUCAAGGGAGCAUGUGGGGCAUCAUCCAAGCUGGGCGACUCUCUGCUGACUGUGUGGGCACCCCUGGCACUGGCUGCCCAACCAGCAUGUCAGUGCUAUCUUCUAAGUUGUUCAAAAGUGCUAUGUACCCUCUGCUAUUUCAGAUCCUUAGCCUGAGACAGAUCAACCCCUAAAGGCAGAGCCUGAGACAAGGAUUUGAGCCAAGCAGCUAACUGGGAGGUAGUUCAGGAUGUGCUGGAAGAAGUGCAGAACUGAGGUGGGGACAUCAAUACAGGAAUUGUCAAUGGGUGAAUUACUGCUAUGGGUAAUUGGGGCUCACUCCUGUUGGGGGCCUCUAGGAGACUGUGUGUGGCAUGCCUCAGAAUUGCCCCUCUGAACAGGAAGGAACCCAGGAAAACUACCCAACAACUGGUUGAACAUUGUACUACAGGCAGUGUCUUGCAGCCCUCAGGUUAAGAAGGGAGAGGCAAGCAGGUACUGGAGCUAGGAAGCUGUUAGUGUGCAUAGAAACUGGCUGCCAGCUGCAAGUGAGCACAAGGUAGGCUGAGAGGAUGUGGCACACGAUGUCCACUAAGAGCUCCCACCCAACAUGGCUGAUCUCAGUUGGCCACACCAUUCACUGCCUCUUUUCUUGCCACCUAGAAGCCCCGUGGGGUCAGGAUCUGUUUCUACUCAGAGCUGUAUCCCCUGUGCCUAGCAUGAUGUGUGGGUCAAAUCCGUGUCCAGUUAGGAGUUACCAAAUCAACAAAUACCACUGUAUUUUUCAGCCUCUUCCUGGGUUUUUUACUGCAAUUGUUCUCCAAAGAGCACAUUGCAAGUAAGACGUAGGUUUCCCCUGCUACUACUGACUGAGGGCAAGAAUCCAUACCAUGUCCCCACAUUAACCACUCUUGGACCUCCCUCUUGAUGCUGAGGAAGGAAGCCUGUGUGACUUGACUGAGCCAUUGCCCUCUUCCUAUCCACUCCUGGCAGGAAGCAAAUGUUUGCUUUAGGUGUCAUGGCGGGGUUGGGAAGGGUUCUCACUUAUACUCCAGACAAUGGCUCUCAUUCUUGCCAUCAUAAAAGUUUUAGAGGUUUGUUGGCUCUCUUUGGGUUUCCAAAGACCAGCAGACUCAUUGCUGUCCAGAUGUCUGGCUGGUGACUGGUCCUCAGGUAUGCUCAUUCAUCAGCUUUGUAGUGAUGUAGAGAUAAGCCUCUUCUGCCAGCUUAGGAUAAAUUAAAUCCUCUACGUAAGCUGGGCUUAGGGGCAUCCCUCUGGUUGGAAGGGGGAUCAGGGGACUUAUUUUUUUAAUGUUUGUUUUUGAGAGAGAGAGAGAACAUGAGCAGGGAAGUGGCAGAGAGAUGGGGACAGAGGAUCUGAAGCAGGCUCUGCACUGACAACAGAGAGCCCAAUGUGGGGCUCAAAAUCAUGAACUCUGAGAUCAUGUCCUGAACAGAAGACUGAUGCCACCCAGGUGGCCCUCAGGGGACUUAUAUUAGAGCUACCUUAAUAUGGCACAUCAAUAUCAUUUGGGUGCUAUGUUAAUUUGUGAUGGCUUUGUGGAGGAGUUGGUAGGUUACAGAAAGCCAAAAGAUACCACCACUUGGCCUCCUAUUCCUUGAAAAAGAUAUUCUACAGAUAGAAUUUGGCGUGAACAUGAUGGGUGAGGGGCAGAGCCAAGCCAGAGAAGAACUCGACCUUCAGCCACCAAAAAUUCACCUGACCUCUGCUAGGUUUUUUUUUUUUUUUUUAAUAACGUGAGUGUUUUUGUCAGCAACUUGGAUUAUAUCUGUUAGAAAGAAUAACCAUCGCUCUUGAGAAUGGAUAAGUAUCUGCUGUGUUUACUGCUAGAAUUUGCAAUAAAAUCCCUUGGAGCAAGCCCUGCAAUCCCAACCCUCGCCUCUGCAGCUGUUGGUGCUGAAGAGCUGCCUCCAUCUGUCUAGCUGUGAAACCCUGUUUACCACAUCAUUAACUGAUCUGCAGAGAUUUUGGAACUUGUAAAUCUCAGUUUUUCACUGAAUGAAAAUAGACCUUGUGCCAGAAAUUCAUUGUCAAAUAGAAGCAUUUACUAUUGAUAAUUAGCAAAUAAAAAAAGAGACCAAAGUUCCCAUCUCAAACCAAGACUCUUCCUCACAGGAUGGAUGUGAUUGAGUAAAGUAAUGAACAAAAUUCUUUUCUACUUC